AUGGCAGCAGGUGGUGGGGUUGAUGGUGUGCUCCCGGAUCUGAGUCGCUAUGUGGUGUCCCGGCCCAUCUACAAUGAGCCAGCCUUUCAAGAGGAGAAUGAGAGGAAAUUAGUGGUGCCCAAAACAUUCCGGGAACGAGUCCAGAAAACUUGCAGUUGUUCCAAGAAAAAAGCUGUUCAGAUAGCCAAGACCACCUUUCCUAUCCUGGAAUGGUUGCCCAAAUACAGAUUUAAGGAAUGGCUCCUCAGCGACAUAAUUUCUGGUGUCAGUACUGGACUUGUGGGUACUUUACAAGGUUUGGCAUACGCAUUACUGGCUGCAGUUCCAAUUGGAUAUGGCCUCUACUCUGCUUUUUUCCCCAUCUUACCAUACUUCUUCUUGGGAACAUCAAAACACAUCUCAGUUGGACCUUUCCCUGUGGUCAGUUUAAUGGUGGGAUCAGUAGUGCUGAGCAUGGCACCUGAUGAAAAAUUCCUUGUGGUUAGCAGUAACAUGACGGGGUUGAACAAAACGUUUAUAGACACUGAUGCCAGAGAUGCAGAGAGAGUGUUGAUUUCCAGCACCAUCACGUUUUUGGUUGGCAUUAUCCAGCUUGUGUUUGGAGCUCUUCAGAUUGGUUUUAUUGUGAGAUAUCUUGCUGAUCCACUUGUUGGGGGUUUUACAACUGCAGCUGCUUUUCAAGUGUUUGUUUCACAGCUGAAAAUAGUCUUAAAUGUUUCAACCCAAAAUUACAAUGGGGUUCUUUCCAUUAUCUAUACCCUUGUAGAAAUAUUUCAAAAUAUUGCAACCACGAAUAUUGCAGAUCUCAUUGCUGGUCUGCUGACCAUUUUUAUUUGUAUGGCAGUCAAGGAAAUAAAUGAUCGGUUCCGACACAAGAUCCCUGUUCCUAUUCCUAUAGAAGUAAUUGUGACAAUAGUAGCUGCUGGCGUUUCAUAUGGCGUUGACCUGGAGAAAAAAUACAGUGCAGGCAUUGUUAAACAUAUUCCGAGUGGAUUUUUACCUCCUGAACCUCCAGCUGUCAGCAUGUUUGGAGACAUGCUAGCAUCUGCCUUUUCAAUCGCUAUUGUUGGUUAUGCAAUAGCUGUUUCUGUAGGCAAAGUUUAUGCAACCAAAUAUGACUAUGCUAUUGAUGGAAACCAGGAGUUUAUUGCCUUUGGGAUCUGCAAUAUAUUUUCAGGAGCUUUCUCAUGCUUUGUUGCUACUACUGCUUUGUCUCGCACAGCAGUUCAAGAAAGCACUGGUGGAAAAACCCAGAUUGCAGGCAUAAUCUCAGCUGUUAUAGUACUGAUUGUUAUUGUUGCUUUGGGGAAACUGCUAGAGCCUCUGCAAAAGUCUGUGUUGGCAGCUGUGGUCAUUGCCAACUUGAAAGGGAUGUUCAUGCAAGUAUGUGAUGUCCCUCGUUUGUGGAGGCAGAGCAAGGCAGAUGCUAUGAUCUGGGUCUUCACUUGUAUAGCAUCCAUCAUUCUGGGACUGGAUUUAGGAUUACUCGCUGGUCUGGUUUUUGCCCUGCUGACUGUUGUCUUGAGAGUUCAGUUUCCUUCCUGGGGUAGCCUUGGCAGUGUUCCUGGCACAGACCUAUACAAGAACAUCAAAGAGUACAAAAAUGUAGUUGAACCAGAAGGUGUGAAGAUUCUCAGAUUUUCAAGUCCUAUUUUUUAUGCUAACAUUGAUGGCUUGAGAAGCAGCCUCAAAUCCACUGUGGGGUUUGAUGCCAUUCGAGUGUAUAACAAGAGGAUGAAAGCUCUAAGAAAGAUACAGAAGCUAAUUAAGAAGGGAAAAUUGAAAGCGACAAAGAAUGGUAUCAUCAGUGAUUCUGGUACUACUAAUGAGGCUUUUGAAAUUGAUGAAGACCCAGAGGAUCCUGAAGAUCUUGCCAUUCCAACUAAAGAAGUGGAAAUCCAGGUGGACUGGAAUUCAGAUCUCCCAGUCAAAGUCAGUGUCCCCAAAGUGCCUCUCCAUAGCCUAAUUUUUGAUUUUGGAGCUGUAUCCUUCAUGGAUGUAGUAGCAGUGAGAGUAAUGAAAACGAUUGUCAAAGAAUUUGAGAGGAUUGAUGUGAGCGUAUACAUUGCUUCCCAUCUAGACCAUAUUAUCAAAACACUGGACCACUGUGCUUUUUUUGAUGAUAAUAUUCAGAAAGAGAAGUUUUUCCUGACUAUCCAUGAUGCUGUACUCCAUAUACAGAAUCAGGCCAUGCACAGAGACAUCCAGGACCCUAUAUUUGAAAAGAUUUCACUGAUGCAGGAGUCAAAGGAACUAGCAGAAUUCACAGAGACAAACCAGAUUGAAGAGCUUGAUGUUCAGGAAGAGGCUAUGCGCAGGCUUGCUUCAUGA